AUGACAUUAUGGACUUUUUUUGCAAGAACUUAUGAAAAAACAAGCCGAGAUGGAAGAACAUCUUCCCAACAGAAGCGGGAAGAGGAUUCAGAUAAUUUUUCCGAACCUUGGAAUGUUAUUCUAAGGCAGAAUCGGCAUAUAACUAGGGUCCACGGGAUACCUACCGAGGAAUCAGAUGAUGACAUGGAAGAAAGGGAAACAUCAUCUGUUGAAUCGACUGAUCUGAUGAUGAUGAUGAAAAGGAAAUAUCAUAUUCCAUUGAUCAAUCGCUUUGAUAAUAAAGAAUUAAGGAAACUCUUACGUGUUGAGGUUGAUCUAUACGAAGGUAUUGAAGAAACAUUCCUUGUAAAAGGUGUGAUAUAUUUCAUGCUCAUAAUAUAG